GUGAAAGCCAAAUGGACAAUAAUGGAUGGAACGUUAGUGAUUCUUCAGCCUUCGAUCAAUUCAUGUCAAGUGGAGAUGACUUGGAUUAUCCAGUCAAAUCUAUUCUCCUUUAAUCACAAAGUACUUAUUUUGACGCAAUAUCAUUUAUAUCAAGAGACAGCUUGGGUCUGAAUAGUUCCAGAAAAUAUGAAUCAUGUUCUAUAUGUAACAUUUUCAUCUACUGCGAUAAGGAAACACGUCACAAGCAUUACUAAUGAAUUUUUGUAUCUUAAGAUCACGAUCUUGAUAUCCGAUUAUUGUUGUCUAUCAGCAAUCAGUAUCGUUUCGGUCACCUUUUCCGCAAGAGUACGCAUUUCUCGCGAAUCAGAAUUGCGUUGUAUAUCUUAAGUUGCACAAAAAUAAAAAUCACGUCUAAAUAAUGAAUUAGAGAAUAUUAAGGAGUAUCUGACAUUUCUCAUUGAGGGGAUAAAGUGAAAUAAGUGUAUUAAUAUUACGCACAAUGUGAUGAACAUGUGCAUGUAUAUGCAUAGGUUAUCGUAUGCAGGUCAAUAUAUUAUACACGGUCACGUUUUCAGUAGAUAGAUAUGUAAAGUUCAAGUUAUAUUAGAUAAAGGUAAAAAACAGAAUGUAAACAUUUUUCAUGUUAUACCUUUACUUGUGAAGAAAACAUUUAAUAAUAGUGGCUUUAGUUUUAAAAAGUAAUAAGAAUGCAUUGUUUCUAACAUCAAACUAAAAAAAAUUAUUUAAUUUGAAUUUAUAGUUAUGAGGAUAUGCAUUGAUAGAGAUAGAUUUUUAGUAUAAGUUUAGAAUUGCACAAUGCGAGUUGGAUGUGUCAUUUAGAGUAAAAAUAAGGUGUGUUACGUCGUAAGAAGUAUAAUGUAUGGUGGAGAAAUGUGUGAUACGAAACGAUUAACGCAUCCCAAAUUGUUUAUUUCGGGUCCCACUGGAAGUGACGACGCUUGCGCUAAUGAGCAACAAACUGAUUCUUGGUUUACAAGUUUUCUUAGACUAUUCUGUAGACGAAUGCGUAAAGAAUGGCCUGCAAAUAUUGAUAAGAGUCUUGUCAAGGAAACUUCUACAUUAUUUUUAUCUGGGAUAGGACCUCAAGAUGUUAAUCCUAACUGGCUGAGCUCUAAUAUACCCGAUACUGUUAGGGUUUUAUUAGUAUUCGGAAAGGAAGAUCAGCAGUUAGAGGUUCUUGCUUCAGUAGCAAGAAAAAUAAACUGGCAUGUCUCGAUUGCAAAAAAUUUAGACACUGCAGUCCAGAUGUUCCAAAAUCAAUUUCACGAUUUAGUGAUAAUUGAUCACAGAGGAUUACAUGGUCAAGAAACUUGCAGGGCCCUCAGGAGCACAAAUUGCCAUCCUAGUUCUGUUAUCAUAGCACUGGUAAAAAAGUCAUUUUUCAAGAUUGCAGAUGAGAAGGAAGGAAUUUCUGCUGUACGUUUAUUGGACGUUGGAUUUACUAGAGCCCUUAUGGAGUGCUCCCAUAACAAGAUAUUAGUAAAUGAACUCUUAGAAAUAUAUACAAGUGCGAUCAGGCCAAAAACUCAACUCGCCGCCGCGCAUGCGCUCUACUUAGCAGUUGACAGAUGUAGGGAUAUGGUUCAUGUAACAAAUGAGCAACAUAUCUUGCAGUUUGCAAACAAAGUCAGUGAAAAAUUACUGGGAUACAAAAUGGAAGAAUUGGUUGGAACAUGCCUAGCUGAGAUUAUAACGUGCGAACAUUUUGUUUUAAUGGAUCAACAAUUACAAAGGGGUCGUGAAUUCGAAGGAAACAUGAAUUGUAUAAGAAAAACUAAGGACACGAUUACCAUAAAUUGUAGGAUAAUACCAUUCUGUGCAUAUGGAAGAAAACCAACGCAUUACAUUUACGUGCACGACACAACAUAUUUGUUGGAAAAUUUAGGAUUAGGACCUACACACAUGGGAUUUCAUCAAAAUCCUAGAGAAGAGAAAUCCUUAAGAAGAGGCUCUUUUGAUGUCAAAUCUCUCGGAAGCGACACACAGAGGCGAGGUAGUUUGGCAAAAUUGAAUUUAGAAGCACCAAUCACAAAAGUCAUGAUUCUGCUAAACAAUGCCAUGUCAGAAGCAACGAAUCCAGAAGUCGCUAUGCAAAUAGACAAAGCAAUUGAGACACUCAAAAGUACCGAAUUAUAUGCACCAGUUAUGAAGGAAGACACCAAAAUAGUUCAUGAUCCUGUGACGUCAGACUUAAUUGGAGCUUUGAUUUCUGCACCUCAAUAUAAAGAUUGUCGAAAAUCAUCGCAUGAUUCUACUGGCAGAAUAUCAACAGUCAAGCUUUUUUCUCAUGGAAAUAUCAAGACGCAAGCCAAAACUUUACGGGCUCCUCACGAAAUAGACGAAUUACUUGAUAUGUGUAUGGAUUGGGAUUUCGAUAUUUUCAAAUUGGAGGUUUUGUCUGGCAUGAGACCUUUGGUUUUCUUAGGAUUAACAAUUAUGAAUCAGUAUCAGGUGGCCGCCGAGCUUGGUUGUGAUGAAAGGACACUGCAAAAUUGGUUAACGGUAAUAGAAGCCAAUUAUAGGUCAGAAAAUAGUUAUCACAAUUCUUCCCAUGCAGCUGACGUAUUACAGGCUAUAUCAAAAUACAUGAAAUCUGAAAGAUUAAAACCAAUUUUAAAUCCUUUGGAUGAAGCAGCAGCUCUCCUGGCUGCUGCUGCUCAUGAUCUUGAUCAUCCCGGAAGAUCAAGCCAGUUUCUUUGUAAUUCGAAUAAUAAAUUGGCGAUUUUAUACAACGAUCUUACGGUUCUGGAAUCCCAUCAUGCAUCACUGACAUUCAAAUUGACAUUGUCAGAUGAAAAUGUUAAUAUUUUCAAGAAUUUAGAGAGAGAAGAUUACAAAAUGUUGAGGCAAAAUAUUAUAGAUAUGAUUCUUGCGACUGAAAUGACAAAACAUUUUGAGCAUCUAGCAAAAUUCGUCAAUGUCUGCAGCACUAGAGGAGAUACACAGUCUGAGUGUUAUUCAGACGUAGACAUGUCUGUGCUCCUAUUACCAGAAAAUAUCACCUUAGUAAAAAGGAUGAUGAUCAAAUGUGCAGAUGUGUCAAAUCCAACGCGACCCUUAAGAAGUUGUGUCGAAUGGACGAGAAGAAUUGCUGAAGAGUAUUUCAAUCAGACUGAUGAAGAAAAGGUUAACAAAUUGCCAGUAGUAAUGCCCAUGUUUGACAGACAAACCUGCUCUAUUCCUAAAUCCCAAAUAGGCUUCAUAGAUUAUAUAAUUACGGACCUGAUUGAAGCAUGGAGUGCAUUCAUCGAUAUGCCAGAAAUGGUUGGACAUAUGAGGCAAAACUACGAAAGGUGGAAAGAAUAUCAUGAACAAGGAAUAUCUUCUCUACGAGACGUGGAGCUGUUACAACAAACGCCGGAAUUGGGGAUUUAUAAGUUACCUGGUUGUCAAUAGGGAUUCAGAUUUAAUUUUCUGUCCGUAAAACUGAGUUUUUAACUUUACUGUAUAAACUACAGAAAAGCAACUAUUUUAAAAGCAGUAUAAAUCAAAUUCUCACAUGCAAAUUUUUGUUAAAUAUAUAUUGUAAACAAUACUUAUCCAAUUUCAACCUUCCUUCUAAAAAUAGUAAAAAAGUAACACAUGGUAAAAUAAAAAACAGUGAUAAAUUUUCUUAAUUCUUUUUAAAAAGGAUAAAAAUCAACUACAGAAAUUCAAUAAUCCAGUGCGUCAUCUGCAUUUUACCUAAAAACCAAAGGAGGUGUGGAAAUCAUUAUUUAGCAACACUUUUUUCACAUGUGUAAGAGUUUUUUAUUUGUUUUCAAAUCUUUUCUCUUGCCAAUCAAGGAUAUCAAUAAUCGAAGGUAAAUUUCAAAUUUGAAGAUGAGUUACAUAUUCACGAAAGGGAAUUUUCGCUUUUUUUUUAUAAUGGAGCUUUUUCUGACAACAAAGUGGAUUUACAACUUGAAUCUUAAUCAUUUUAAACCAUGACAAUAUUUUUAAUCAAUACACGCACAGGAUUUUUAUUAUGUUUAAUGACAAUGUUGAUGUAAUUCAAGUGCUAAUACCACAUUAAUUAGGCAUCAAUGUACAAAGAUAUUGAGAAGCGAUGUUACUAAGUUACAAAUAUUUUUAAGUCUUGAGAUAGUGCAAAUAUUCGCUACAAAUUACAUAUGCACAUCGAAGGUGUAUAAAGUUACUAUAGCCGUUUUAUCCAGUACCAGUUAAGAAACAUUCUAACCAGAAGAAAUUCGAUUUUGAUGAUCUUAAUAUCAAAUUCUAUAAAUCUGCUAGAUUUUAUCAAUUUUACCAAUGAUGUUAUCAGACACUUAUGCCUACUUUUUUCUUAACACCUAGCAUUGUACCUCUAAAUAAUGCCACACAAUAGCACAUUAACUUUAAAAAAUGUUUGCGCCUUUAUUAAUUUCAAAUCAGGUAUCUGUUCAUCGAAUAUCUUACAAAUUGGGAGUUAUUAGUCCUAUUCUAAUUGCAAGCUAACCUACUAAUAAUAAUUCUCGUUUCAUUUGAAUCAGGGCGUUGGUGGGUGGCAAAAAAGACUUACAAAAAAAAAAAA